AGCAGGCACCGUUGGUCACGUGAGGAGGGGUGGAGUUAACUCACUGAGUUACUGACUACUGGUGUUGAGGGCGAAUAGAUAUGCGUUAAACCAGAAGUUCGGACCCUUUUUUGAGGGUUAAAGUUAUUAUAUCGAUAGAAUUUUUUUUAUAACUUUUUGAUAGUAUUUUAACCAUUUUUUUUACCGUUGAAAUGAUGCGCUUCCUGCUACUCUUCAGUCGUCAGGGGAAGCUGCGUCUGCAGAAGUGGUUCACGCCUAUUUCAGAGCGCGAGAAAAAGAAGAUCAUCAGGGACAUGACCAACAUGGUGUUGGCACGGCAACCGCGCUCAUGUAACUUCUUGGACUGGAAAGACCUUAAGAUUAUUUACAAGCGAUAUGCAAGCCUGUAUUUCUGCUUGGCCAUAGAGAACCAGGAGAAUGAGCUGCUAGCAUUGGAGAUCAUUCACCGCUAUGUGGAGCUGUUGGACAAAUACUUUGGCAAUGUGUGUGAGCUGGACAUAAUCUUUAACUUCGAAAAGGCCUAUUUUAUCCUGGAUGAGUUCAUAAUAGGAGGAGAGGUACAGGAAACCUCCAAACAGAUUGUGAAUCGCUCUAUUGAAGCAUCAGACAUGUUACAGGAGGAUGACAGCAGUGAAUGGUAUGAGGUGGAGCUGUUUGGAUGACCUUGAAUAUGGACAGAAAGACCAUGGAGGAGUAUAUGAGCAAACCUGCGUUUUAACUCCCUGGGAAAAGAGACAAAACUGGAAAAGGAAGGCAGCAUACUGAUGCACUGUAAAUGACUAAACACUUAAAAAAAAACCACAAUGUGUGAACAUCUGCUAACAUUCUGCCUUAAGCAUUGCUGCAAUGCAACUUUAUUUGAGAGUUCAUUUGUUUCUCUUUAAUUUAUGUGGGAAAAAAGUCUGAAUUUUUUAAAAGUGAAUAUAUUUAAAAUAAAAUGAAGUAGAGAUAGGAGGCUGGGGUUCAGGAAAAUGAAAGGAUUUAACUGAUCCAGGAUCAGUGGUUUUGUUGCAUUUUGUGAUUCUGAAGAUUCUUUUAAUAUGUUGGAAAGGUUUGCCACGAAACACUCCACUGUAAGUGGACUCUUUUGUCAAUGUUUUGCAACAUAUUUGCAGGUAAUUCUCAAAUGAUACUUGAUAUUUAUAAUAGUGAAUAACUCUAACUACUGAAUUAGAUUAUGAAGAAUUGUGUGCUGUUUUCAGUCUGUUAAAGAUGAAGUGUGGGAUCCACUGUCUUUGAAGGAACAUUUGCUUCCAUGUGUUUUAUAAAUACUCAAGAUGUUAAAAUGUAUGGAUAAAAUAUGUAUUUUGAUAAAUCUUCUUAAUGGAGUAGUUUUUCCAACACAGUUUGAUUAAAUUCAUGUUUAAUUUGCUAUAUGAAAUUUCAUACAGCCACAUUAGACAAGUCUAGUAAAUAAAACUCUGAUCAUAUAACUGCCGACUAUAGUUGAAUAUAUUUCAGUUUUAAUAAGGCAACAUGAGUCAGCAAGAAAAAAAAUAAUACAGCUGAUGCUUUAUUCAUCUGUGAGUCAUCACACAAGUUUCGAACAUGUACAAAAUGAUUUAAAAAUGAGCAUACGUAACACAACCACUGGCAGGCCAACAAUACAGUGCUUUGCAGUAUGAAAGGGUUGGAAGGCAGGCGGCGGUCUGAUACUUAGACUUUCAAAUGAUUAUCAUAGUAAUAACAUUAAAUCCACUAUUACCCUGAAUAUAUAAGGAGUCACGAAAACACUUGUCCUGCAGCCCAGCUCGUUGUUCUAUGGAAAAAACAGCUCUAAAAUCUUCCUUCAGUGCUCCUGUCAUUGUACUGUGUCUUUGUUGUUAAAGGCCCAGUCAUUGUUAUACUGUAGUUUACAUGUAUAUUAUCCACAGAUGUUAGUCUGACAUGAAAAAUAAGCAUUUUGUUUUACCAUUAAGCAGCUGAUUAUAGUUGAAAAUAUAGACCUGCUUACAAACAUCAUUAAUGUGAACAAAUUUUUACUGACAUCACAAAACGUAAGUAACUUCAAUUGUUCAUGUGGAUUUAAAUCAGUCUUUAAUUAAUUCAUUAGCAACCAAUUAAAGUGUUCUGAGGAUCCUUUUCUAUAGUUUGUGUACGGAAUGCACCUAUAAUUAACCUAUUAUAUCAAUGUGACAUUUCUGAAAUGUUUUUGCAGCAAUUAGGGACUAUAUAUAUAUAUAUAUAUAUA